CGACCGGAGCCAGCGCGACAGCUGCUGCACGGGCGGGGCUGCGCUGUGGCCCUGAGCCCGGGGCCGCUGCUGCCUCCUUCGCCGGACCUGGAGCAGGCGGCCCGCGGAGCCGGUGAAGCUGGGAGCGCAGGCGGCAUGGCCCCGGGGUGCAGGAGUCCCGGCGGCGGUCUCCCCGGCGCCCUGCUCCUGCUGCUUGCCCUUAGCCUACGGGCUCUCGCAGUAUCAUUUUAUGGUGAUAGCUACGUGGAAUUGAACAUUGCAGAAUCAUCCACUCGAACAUCACUGCAGUUACGAUUUCGAACCAGCAAGCCACAUGGAUUACUUUUUCUUGCAGCUGGAAAAGAGGAUCAUUGUUUGGUGGAAUUGCACUCGGGAUAUUUAAAGUUGAGAAUGAACUUUGGAGCAGGGGAACGAGUGCUGCGUUCUCAGCGGAGCUCCCGGCUAAAUGAUUUAGCCUGGCACCUGGUUGAAUUAUAUCAUGAAAAUGAUAAUGUCACACUGGUAAUUGAUAAACAUUAUAGAACUAGUACAAAAAUGCCUGGGAUUCUAUAUCAAUUAAACAUUGAACAUGGACUCUACAUUGGUGGGAGCGGUACCCUUGAUGUUCCUUACCUUGACAGAGCACUAACCAAUUUCCGAGGAUGUAUCGAUGACGUGUUAUUUAAUCAGCAUGAGAUCCUAAUGUCCCUGAGACCUUAUCCUGGGUUCAGAAAUGUUCAUGAAGUGUCACUGGGAUGCAGUGAUGAAUUCUUUGCCAGUGAAGAUGAGCCUAUCAGUUUGUUUAGUUCCAAAUCCUAUGUUUCUUUCCAGCUGUGGAAUGUCCAGGGUGAAGGACACUUGGAGUGUGCAAUACGGACCUCAGCUCAGCGAGGUUUGCUGCUUUAUCAUUCUGGACGAGCAGGAGAUUUCAUUGCAAUGGAAAUUGAGGAUGGACAAAUUAAGGCCCAUAUUGGAAAGAGUAAAAGUAGAAUGCAGCUUUCCUCUCUUAAGUCAGUCAGUGAUAAUAAGUGGCACUCCAUUGAGUUAAAAUUUACCACACAAUAUUUGCAGCUGAUGAUAGAUGGAGAAAUGGUGAAAACAUCACUGCCUUCCCACAUCAAGAUACCCCUUCUUAAAGGGCCACUCUUUGUAGGUGGUGUAGAUGACAGCACACGGGCAGAAGUGAUAAAGUUAGAGUUAACUUCAGUUUCUGGAAAAUAUGCCAGAGGAGGAUCCUUCAAAGGUUGCUUAAGAGACCUGAAAGCCAAUUCAGAAAAGAGAUCGUUAAAGAAUGUUCUGGUUACAAAGGAUGUUUCAGCUGGAUGCAAAACAGAGAAUUCUUUUAAGACACAUUCUUCUGUAGUGACAACAGAAAAGACUCCUCUUGUAACAGCAGCCACCACUUCUGUCAAUUUUCCUGAAAUCUCCAAACCCCAAGGCAAAGAGGAUAGUGGCCAUUUCUUGGUUCUAAAUAACUUGAUUGUCCCAGAGGGUGGACAAGCUCCACUUGAAUCUAAACAUAUUAAAGUAAAUUUAGAGUUUAAGAAAUUAGGGGUUCGUCAGUCACAGAUAUUUUUUAAAAUAAAGGAGCAGCCCUCUCAUGGUUACUUGAAAUUAGGGGUUGAACCAGAGCAGGACAAGGGCACAUUUACUAUGUUAGACCUGUGGCAAGGAAGAGUUGUAUAUGUCCAUGAUGGUUCUGAGGACACUUACGAUAAUUUUACUUUUUCCAUUUCUGCCAGUAGUAAAAAGGACAUGCCUUCAUAUCUGCAAGGAAAUGAGCAGUAUGUGUUUAGGAUUGCCAUCACUCCGACAAAUGAUGCUCCUGAACUUAUGCUCCCUGAGGGAAACUUAUUUUUUUUGUUAGAGAACUCAAAGAAACUCUUGACUGCUGACCUAAUAAAGGUUUCAGAUCAAGACACAGAGUCUGCUGAUCUCAGUCUUUCAGUACUUGGAAAUCUGAAUACAGAAGCAGGAUUUUUAGAAAAUUCCAAGAAUCCCGAGAGAGCCAUUACUACUUUUUCUAAUGAGGACUUAAAAGAAGGCAACAUUUUCUUUGUCCAUACUGGGGUCAAGAACUCAAGGAUUGUGCUGCGAGCAAGUGAUGGAGAGAAAGUGAGCAACACAGUUGUGUUGCGUGUCAUGGCUGUUCCUUUGGAUUAUAAAGUGGUCAAUAACACAGGAAUAAAAGUGCUACAAGGCAAUGCCGCUUUGAUCACACUCAGCCACUUGGCAGUUGAAACAAAUGCCAUUCAGCAAGAGAUGGAGAUACGAUAUGAGAUCACAGAAUCACCCCAAUUUGGUGAAAUUCAAAGGCAACAUUCUAGUGGAGAGUGGAAGCAAGUAAACACUUUUUCUCAGCGCUCCAUUGAGCGCAGCCGUGUGAGGUACUACAGUAUUUUCAAAGCAUUGCAGCUGGAAAAUGUUACAGAACACUUUAAAUUUAAGGUUCGUAUUGGAAACAAAAUCAGUGAUGAGCUUAUGUUUCCAGUCACAGUGAAAUGGUUGAGGUAUAAUUUAUUGAAACGUGUUCCUCUAGAAAUCGGAAAAACAAAAAAGAAAUGUCUAACUUCAGAUAAUCUUUUUGCUGUGAUGGUGGAUAUAGAAAUACCUGAAAAUGAACUUAAUUAUAAGUUGUUGUCCUUACCCAAGAAAGGGCAAAUGCUCCUUAACAACCAAGCCUUGAAAAAAAAUUCAACUUUUAGCCAAAAAAGCAUUAUAGAUCAUGAAGUAGAAUAUGAAUUAAUCGACAGACCCCAUGAGAACACUCAGGAUUCAUUUAGAUUCCUAAUUUUUACGAAAUAUUUGGAGUCAAAUGUCUGUGAUUUCAAAAUCAACAUUAAAGCAGAUCUCACAAGCAUUAUUUUGACAAACAACGGCUUGACCAUAACUGAAGGUGAAGGAAUGCUAAUAACAAAAAGCAGAUUGUUUGCAGAAACCCUGGAUAAUAAGGCCUUUCAAUAUACAGUUACAAAGAGUCCUCAACAUGGGAAAUUAAAACUCAUUAACUUUUCAGAUUCACCAGAAAGUAAUGAUAACCUCAUCACUUUCAGUAACCAAGAUAUAAUGGGUGAACGCCUUAUGUAUGUCCAUGAUGACACUGAAACUAGGUACGAUGAAUUUCUCCUCAUAGCAUCCACCAAAGAAUCAGGAGAAUGGGUGAGCUCUGCUGCUGGAACAGAACCUUUAUCAGCAGAGAUAAGAUUUAAUAUUUCUGUUGAGCUGAAGAAUGAUGAGAAACCAGUACGUGUGGUUGAUAAGGUAUUUCAUGUAGUUAAGAAUGGGCAGCACUUAUUGACCUUGGCAGACCUAUGCUACCACGAUCCUGAUUCUGAUUUUGAUGACGGGCAGUUGCUGUACACUAGGCGUGGCAUUCCAAAUGGAGACUUGACUCUAGUGAAUGAUACCACUCACAGACUCUAUCAAUUCAAGCAAGAAGACCUGGAGCAAAAGCGAGUCCUAUUUAUACAUAGUGGUGCAGAUUAUGGGCGCUUUGUGUUAUUUGUAACUGAUGGCAAACACUACACAUCUUCCCUUCUAGAAGUGAGUGCUUCAGAUCCCUAUGUUAGACUAGCAAACAACACAGGCUUAUUGGUCCAAAAAGGAAAAGAGAAAACUAUUACAACAACUAACCUUAGUGCCAUCACAAACCAAGACAUUAGAAGGGAUCAUGAGAUUAUUUAUGAGAUAUUCUUAUCUCCAAAACAUGGAAGAAUCUAUGUAAAAAAUCUAGCAACAGAUUCCUUUACUCAACUUGACCUAAAAAGGGGACAUGUGAUUUAUAGGCAUGAUGACAGUAACAACCUUUUUGACACAUUUAACUUUACAGUUUAUGCUAAGGAUAUCCACCAGGAUGCUCGAAUGCAUGUUCGUAUGUACUUGGAAAGUCAUCAGCGUCCACCAAAUAUUGUACAUAAUAACAACCUCUUAGUUGAAGAAGGAAAACCAGUUAAAAUCAGUAAGGGGAAAUUGCAGGUUGUGCAUGAAAACAGUUCUCCAUCAGAGAUAGUAUUCACAUUAAGGGCUCCUCCAGUGCAUGGAUACAUUCGGAAGUUUGCAUCAGAAGAAGGUUACCUUGGUGCAGAACAAAAGCCAGUUUUGACCUUUACCCAGCAAGAUAUUGAUGAUGGCAACAUUCAGUAUGUGCAGACAGUUUCUGACCAGCUGCAAGACCAUUUUUCGUUGGAUGUGACCAAUGGCAUCCGAGUGGUCAGUGGAAUAGAAAUCUCUGUAGAUGUCAUCCCAAAGCUGAUUCCAUUAGAAGUGCAGAACUUUACAGUAAUAGAAGGUGGUUCUAAAGCUCUGGUGGAAGACUAUCUAAAAAUUUCUAAUCAGCAUUUCACAGGACUCAAUUGUGAAUUUAUUUUAGUUGAGCCACCAAAGAAUGGGCACGUUGGAAACUUUCGCUUUCCUGGAGUGAAGUUAACCAAAUUUACCAAAAAACAGGUAGAGCAAGAAUUAAUCUACUAUAUUCAUGAUGAUAGUGAGGGGCUGACUGACAAUUUUACUGUCAUAGCAAAUAACACAGAACUGUGGAAACAAAGUUUGCCCCAAACUAUAUUUGUGACUGUUACGUCGGUAAAUGAUGAAGCUCCUGUUAUAAGUACAAACAAAAUACUUAGGGUUUGGGUGGGCUCAGUUACGGAAAUAACAGUUGAUGACCUCUGUGCAGAAGAUAAAGACUCCUCAGCAUCAGAGCUAGUGUACUCUAUUACUCAACCUAGCAAUGGCCACUUGGCUCUUAAGUCUUCUCCAAACAAAAGCAUCCUUAAUUUUACCCAGGCUCAUAUAAUGGAAGGACAGCUGGUGUUUGUACACAAUGGAGCAAUGUCUGGAGGCUUCAACUUUCAGGUUACAGAUGGUUUGAACUUUGCACCUCGGCAAAUUUUUAGUAUCACAGCUCGCACACUAGUUAUCAGCCUAGAAAUUAACAAAGGACUGGGAGUGUUUCCAGGGUCUAGAAAACUUAUUUCAGCUCAUGAUCUGAAAGCUGUAACCAACGAUGUGGCCAACAUAGGAAACAGAACUAUCACAUUUACUAUUGUCAGAGCCCCAAAACUUGGAAGACUGAUCAGAACAGACUCUGACAAGACCACACAGGAUAUUUCCACUUUUACCCAAUCCAUGGUGGAUGAAGGCUUGAUCAUCUAUGAGCACACACAUAAUGAGGCUGUGGGCUGGAGUGCAGAAGAUUCUUUUACAUUUACAGUCUCCUCCCCACCAGCAGCUCUGGAUCUCCAGGUGUUUCACGUUGCCAUUUCAUAUGAAAUUAACAGACAUGAUCAGAGUAGUCGCUUGCUUGCAAAUACAGGUGCUAUUGUCCAGGAAGGAGGUAAAGUCCUAAUCAACAAAACAAAUUUAGAUGCUUCAAAUCUAUUGGCUAAGUUACCCGACAUGCAACGUUCUAUAUAUGAAGUCUGGUAUCAAGUUAUAUCUUUACCUCAGCAUGGCAUAAUUGUGGUUGGAGAAAGAAAUAUUACCAAAGAAAAACCUAACUUCUCCCAGUACAUACUUAACAAAUUUGGAAUCGUUUACAUGCAUGAUAACUCUGAAUCACUUGCUGAUCAUUUCACUUUUGCUGUUUGGUUAAACCUGAAGAGUAAGUCUGCAACAAAGCCUGAUACCGAUGUUUUGGAAGAGAUGUUUAAUAUCACCAUUGUUCCAGUGAAUGACCAAGUUCCAGAGUUGAAGACUAAAGGGCUGCGUUUGAAAGUUCUGCAAGGAGAUACGUCUGUGUUAGGACCAGAAAAUUUGAAAGUCGAAGACUUAGACAACAGUCCAGGGGAGAUCAAAUACACCGUCAUUAGCAAUCCCACCAAUGGCUAUUUAUCAAUGAUGAACAAUCUCAGUACAUCCAUACAAGAUUUCACACAAGCUGAUGUUGAUAGUGGCAGAGUUUGGUUUGUACAAGAUGGAAGUUCAUCCUCUGGGGUUUUUUACUUUAGUGUGACUGAUGGCAAACAUCGCCCAUUAUACAAACUUUUCAACCUUGAAGUCACACCAGUCUCUCUCACCCUAGUGAACCUUACUGAUGUGGUACUUCCACAGGGUCAGACCUCUGUCACUAUUACUAAUGUACAGCUAUCAGCUACAACAAAUGGAAAAAGUACUGACAUUAGUUAUGAAAUAACAGUGCCCUUCAAAUAUGGCCAUUUACUGAUUGGAAGUGAGCAGGUUACUAAGUUUGAGCAGGCAGACUUACACUCAGGAAGACUAUCUUAUCUUAUGACAAAUCUCAGUGCAUCCCGGGAUAUAUUGGAGUUUAUGUUGUUCACCUCAGAAAGUAAUCUUACAGGACAGGUACUCAAUAUCACAGCAGGGCCUUUGGUGAAAGCUGCAUCUGACCUGAAAAUUCCAAGCAGGAUGGUUUAUAAAUUAAGGAUCAAGGACCUGGAUGCUACAGAAUUAGCUAAUUUGACAAAUAGCAAUCCCAAAUUUGAAGUGAUAGUUCCCCCAGCUCAUGGAAGAAUUGUAAGAAGAAGGUCGAUAAAUGAUGCUACGUUUGUAGGAAUUAAUUUGUUCACACAAAAUGACAUUGACAGAGGUGUUGUGCUGGUUGAUAUAGAUGCUAAUAUGACAGGUACUGAUAUGUUAAAUGACUCGUUCACAUUCAUACUCAGGGCUGAUGACGUGCAGCCUGCUGUAGGCUAUUUUCAAUAUGUCAUAGUGCCAUAUGAUCCUUUACUUGUGCAGGGUUUUACAAGUCAAGGGCCUUUCUUAACCUACACGGAUACUUUAAAAAUUCAUACUACUUCCAAGGAUGAGCCACCGGUUUCCCAACAGGAUGAGGGACAUAUGGAAGCACCGGGAAAGACUGUACAGAUCAGGUGGCAAAACCGAAAUCGCUGGGGAAAUCAAAAUGAGGAAGAUUCAUUGCUUAAUGGGGAACCAGUCGAGAACAGAUCUGCAAGAACCGAGGUCACAGUUAAAGCAAAUGCCAAAAGUCCCAAAGUGAAGCCACGUGAAAACAGUAACCCUUUGUCCAUCAUUAUCCCACUUACAUCAGUGGCUCUUUUACUCAUUGCCGCUGUUAUUUCUGUGUGUUUUUUUCUAAUGUGUCAUAAGACAGAAAAGGCAAAAUCUCUCAUCAAAAAUCAAACACAAACAGUUCCCAGCACUCCAGGUCUCAGUCCAGAACGGAGUCUGACCAUACCCAUGGUCACAGUGACGCCUCUUCCAAAAGGGGCUGCAAACUGCACAGCCACUCCAUUCGUGGCCGUCAGAUGUAAACAGCUCCCUCCCACACCAGUUGCUUCAGCUGAAAAAAAUUCUCUGCAAAACAGCUGGUUAAACCUUGAUCCUGAAAUGCUCCAGCACUGUCGAAAAACAAACCCAGCUUUGAAACACAAUCAGUAUUGGGUGUAGAGUGUGGCCAUUUUGGGUCAUGUGGAUUAAUGUAGAUUUUUAAGAAAAUAUAUAUAAUGUUGACAUUUGAUCAUUCUUUAUUAUGCUUAUUUAUUAUGGGUCAAAUUCUGCUCUCUUCACUUUGAGCAUGAUCCAAACCUCAGUGAAGGCAAUGCGCUGAUUCCUAUUGACUUCAGUGGGCUUUCGAUCAGACCCUUAGUUGUUACGUAGACAAAAUACCCACUGACUUCAGUGCCUUCUCUGUCCUUCUGUAUUUUAAAUUAACUCAGUAUUUGCAAUAUAUUUUAUUUCCCUUGAAAGGGAUAAGGCAGCAUAAACAUUGUGUCAUUUACUGUAUAUUUUUAUACAAUAUCACUUUUUAAAGAACCAAAUUUGAUACAAAUAAUUUGUAUCUUGUCUAAACCAGCUUACUUUAAAGAAAAUGCAGCUGUUUUCAUAAAUUAUUGCCAAGGUGCUAAUCUCAGGAACGUCAGUUAAACCUGAAUGCUGUUCAAAGACCAGUGCUAAAGCUACAAAGCUGUGAUUAUUUUGACAAGUAUUCAUCAAGGUCCCUGGGCUGGAAGCCUAGGAUUCUUCUCCACAAGGAUACUACAGCAGUGAUAAUACAUACGUGAUUCUGGAGCUUUUGUUUGUUCUUUUUGUCAUUCAUUUUUAAACUCUAGCCUCAAAGGUCUGCUGAAUGUCAUAAUGCAUGUCUGACCUCUAAUCCACAUGGCAAAAAAACUGUCAGCCAGCCUGUCUACGGCAUUAUCUUUAAGCUCUGGGUUUUGUCUGCAGAAACAUAUCAAAUGUCGUACUGCUGUCUAGGGGCUGAAUUCUGUCCUCAGUAACACAAGUUCUGCUGUGUUUGAAGUCAGUGAGGCCAAUGUAAGUGACAGCAGAAUUUAGUCCUCUGCUGUACAAAUAGAAUUUGUUGCUAAACUACUGAGAAAAAUAAAUCUGUGUGAAGUUGAGAAAAUGAAUAUACUGUGGAAGAGUUUCAUAACUUAUUGUUAACAAGGAACUUUGAUCGUUCGUGCCUUAAACACUAUGAAAAAAAUUACUUACUCCAAUUUAGCUCCGUUGAUAAAAUGUGUAAUAAUUUCUCUUUAAAGGGAAUAUUUUUAUUUGUAUGAAAGUCCUUGCUAAACAAUUAUUAUAUAUAUAUAUAUAUAUAUAUAUAUAAAGAUUGCUGAGAUCUUAACUGGUCCCAUUAUUUAUCGCCUGAUCUAUUUAAAAAAUUUUAUUUGGAAAGACCAUUUUCCAGCUUCUAAACCAGCUUUUAUGUGAUGAUCCAUGUACUUGGUGUGGAUUCACCACAAUGCUUUACAGAGUUCAUACUAAAAUGUCAUUGUAAUUUGACAUCCAAAUACUACCAUUCUUACUUUAACAUCCAGGACUGUAGUUGUAUAAAUGUUCUCAUUGCCAUUUCCUUCACAGCAUAAUGAACUGUUUAGCCAUAAGCUGUAUUCCCCCAUUUAUUUAUUCCAUUUAGGUGAAAUUCAUCCCAGAGCAGAGGGCCUAGCCAAGGCCUUGGUUACCACUAUGCCCUGAGGGCCAAAUUAUGGAUGCUUAAGCACAGGAGUGCUGGGGAUUGGAAAGGCACAGGGAGCUUUCCUAAUCCCUCUCCUCUCCCAGCCAUGGACAACUGUAAUUAAGAUGCUUUAUGAUAUGUCAUAUGGUACAGGGAUUCCAGAGGGUCCAUUUCUACUGGAAAGGGUAUAUAAACACUCAGGGCCAGAUCCUCAGUUAGUGAAGUCAAUGGAGCUACGUCAGUUCAGACCAGCUAAUGAUCUGAUCCAUAGGUCAAGUAUUCCCAAAUUAAAAUGUGUUUGAGGACUUAGGGCCCAACCCUGCAGUCCUUGUACAGGCACAACUUCCACUGAGUCCAUAAGGAUAAUAUGAGUGUAUCCUGAAUAAGAAUUACAGAAUUAAAUACUGGUCACCGGUGGACUAUUGUUGUGAUUUCAGAAACUAACAUUUUACAGUCAAUGUCCAAUGUAUUGUUUUUACUUCAUCCUAUAAGUGUAUUUUUGUUUUGUAAAAAGUGGGAUUUUUUUAAAGGAUCCUUUUGUGACAUUGCAUUCCAUAUGUUUUAUGAAAAUAUGCUUAUGAGUGUGAAUACAUUGUAAUUGGAAUAUGCUUUAUGCAAAAGAUCUUUGUGACCGAACCCAUCACAGUGGCGUAGUCAAACAGGAUAUGUGCACAGCUGAUUGCUUUGAGACACUCGUAGUAAUUUUAAGUGAGUUUUAAGUGUAGUGGCUGAACAACAGACAAAGUGGUUACUGGUUUGUUAUUUUCUGUUUGCUUAUUUUGGGUAAGGGAAAUAGGGACAGAAAAGUAAGCAAAUUAAGUAAGAGUGAAGCUCAGAAGAAGCUAGAACUGCACAUGUUGCAGAUUGCCCAAAAAGGCUGAACACUGGGCGCCAGGAAAGUCUGUGUUAACUAAGAAGACCCUGAGCUGAGUGCAUCCCAGUUUCAGUGAACUGCAGAGAGAUGUUGCCCAACCUCUGGGUCUGUGCUGAAGCUGACUGAAGUGUCUAACUCAGCAAGACAGGAGUGGAGGGGCGCCUGUUCUGGCAGGAGGGUUGUUCUCAGUGGUAUCCCAGCUCAUUAAGUGAUGGUCUCAAGGGAAGACAAAUGGAAAUUGAUGCACAAUUUGCCCGGGAAAAGGCUGCCAUGAAGGCAGAAGGAGCCAGACAAGGGGCUGCACACCAGCAAGCACUGGCCUUAAAAGACACAGAGAUUGAAGCACAGAAAGCUGCCCAGGAGGAGAAGGAAAGAGAGAAGCAGCAUGCUCAGGAGGAGAAGAAAAGAGAACUGGGGAGCAGAUGCCCUGUCCAGAAAAGAGGAAUUUUAGAUAUACUGCCUCCGCCAUGGACAGUGUCAUGGCAGUAAAUUCAGGAGGGUGUGAUGUUGCACUUCAUAUGUGUUAUGGAAAUAUGCUUAUGAGUGUGAAUACGAUGUAACUAGAAUAUGCUUUAUGCAAAAAAAGCAUAAAGCAUAUUAUGGGUUCUGUGACCGAACCCAUAACAGUGGAGACUGAACCCGUCACACCUUUCAUUACCAAAUAGAUUUCAAAAUUGCAACAUAAGACUGUGAUGAAAGGAUUUGUAAGAACAACAAAGAAUUCAGUUUUAUACAUUGCAACAUGUGGUGUUGUUUUUUAAAAAGCUAUAAAAAGUUGAGUUAAGAGAGCAGAAAUACAUCACUUUAUCCUGCUACAAAUAAAAUCUUGUCUCCCA